UCGGUGGUCUGAGCUCCGGGCGGGACAGGCAGGAUAAGCUCCGCCGCCCUGCCUGCAGGCCCCUGCUCUGCCCCUACCCAGUCUGUGAGAAAGCCUUCAGCUCCAAGUACAAACUGCUGAGGCACAUGGCCACACACUCCCUGCAGAAGACCCACCAGUGCUCCGUUUGCGCGAAGAUGUUCCACCGCAAGGACCACCUGAAGAACCACCUGCAGACGCACGACCCCAACAAGGAGGCCUUCGGGUGCGGCGAGUGCGGCAAGAGCUACAGCACCAAGCUGGGCUACAAGCGGCACGCGGCCAUGCACGCGGCGGCCAGCGGCGACCUCACCUGCAAGGUGUGCCUGCUGCGCCUGGAGACCACGCCCGCCCUGCUGGAGCACCUGCGGGGCCACUCGGGCGGGGCCGCGGCGGCGGGGGGCGGGGCCGGGGCCGCGGGGGGCGGCGGGGCGAAGGAGAAGAAGCACCCGUGCGCCCACUGCGAGCGGCGCUUCUACACGCGCAAGGACGUGCGCCGCCACAUGGUGGUGCACACGGGCCGCAAGGACUUCCUGUGCCAGUUCUGCGCCCAGCGCUUCGGCCGCAAGGACCACCUGACGCGGCACGCCAAGAAGAGCCACUCGCAGGAGCUGCUGAAGCGCGGGGCGGAGUCUCGGGCCGCCGAGCCGCCCCCUCCCCCGGGCGUGGCCGUCAAGGAGGAGCUGAGCCCCGUGGUGUGCGGCUACGGCCACAUGGGCCUCUACGGGCCCCACCUGCAGGCCACGCCCGCCCCGGGCGGGGCCUUCCACCCCCUCAUGGCGGGCUCUCUGGGAAUGGGCUGCCACAUGGAGCCCUCGAACCCGCUCCACCACCCCCACCCGCACCUGCACCCCCGGCACCCCCAUCACCUCCACGCCGGGCACUCUCCGCCGGCCCACCCGCCGCCCCAGGGCCUGCCUGGAUCUACCUCGUACCUGAAGCUGGAAGUGGAGAGCUUCCUGAUGGACCUGCAGAGCGGCCUCCCCGCCUCGCCAUUGGCUGAGCCCCCUGGCUCCGCCCACGCCUCGGACCUACCGCACGGGCUGCAGGCAGAGAGCCCCGCCCCCACGGCCGAGUCGCUGUGCAUGGCCAACAUGGACGUGUCGCACCUGCUGAGCUUCCUCCCGCUCGGCCUACCUGCCUACAGCGCCCCCCUGAGCACCGGAGGGCACACUGCAGGCUACAGCACCUCGUCCAACUCUUCCUCUGCCUCCUCGUCCUCCUCCUCCGCCUCGCACGGUGCGGAGCCCCUCCCUCUCACCUCCCUGCGAAGCCGGCCUCAGGAGCGCUCAGGCCACGCCUUCAGCAGCCACACCCUGCCGCGCUUCCACCAGGCCUUCCAGUGA